GUUUGCUUUUAUUUCUACUUUAGCACGGCAGCCUCCAAUCACCCCUCCCCCUUACAGCGACGCCACCUUUCUACACCCGGGCAGCCUCAGUGUGGUUUCUGCGCACGCACCAAAAUCGCUUCCGCCCAUGUGUUGACGUCACUUUCCCGCGCCUCUAGAUCGCCGGUUCUAUCGGGGGCGGCAUGGGUCUUCUGCGGUUGCUAGGAGACGUUCGGGCUUGGUCAGUAAGGAGACCCCCCGCCGUUCUUCUCUCUCGGUAUUUCCAAGCAGAUCCUGUGCCCCGAGAUGUUCUUCUGUUUCAGCACAGGAGGCCGCGCUUCUUCCGGCUGCUCGGCGGUUUCUGUGUGGCCCAGGCCGCGUUUUGGGCAUACUUGGCUCAUUUUGGUUACACAUCACUGCGGGACAUAAAACAGAGCGACCCUGGGGAAGAGAAGGAAAUGAAAGGAAGGAACAUGGGCUCCCCCUUGUGGAGGACAACCUUCACGGCCAGCUGCUUGUCCGUUGGUUCCCUUAUAAUGGCUGCAGGUCUGCUCUUCUCCCGCCGAUCCGUCAGUGCUGUGACUCUGCACGCAGGAGGAGACACCGUGACUAUUGCCACAGCAGGAGUAUUUGGCCUUGGUUCCUCCUUCACCAUCCCUUUGAGGCAUGUCUCUUGCAUGGCUCACCGCUCUGAGGUUCCAGCUAUGAUCCCUUUGAAGGUUAAAGGUCGACCUCUGUACUACCUGUUGGACAAGCAAGGACAGGUUUCCAACGCCAAGAUGUUUGAUCUCACUGUGGGAGCGUACCGUACACUAUGAGAUUCCUUUCAGAAAUCUUAUGUAUAUAUGUAAAAAUAAAUCUUACUGAUUGU